AUGACCUUCGAUAACGACGACAAACAACCCCUCGAUACCGCCAGUAACAGCGUCGGCCCUGGUACCAGCUCACUCCCAAGCAGCCUUCUUCCACAUCUCUACACCCGUCCUACCACAAGUCGAGCUUCAAGGGAUAGUGGCACAAGGACCACACUACUUUCGACCAACGAUGGCGAUGACGAGGCCGAGAAUGAUAAUGAGGAUCAAGUGAAGCUAAAGUCGGACAUUGGCUCUGGCAGCGAUGUAAAGCCUAGUAGGCGUUUUAUGACAGCUCCUGUGGCUUCGGCUUUGAACUAUCAUCCUCCGUCGCCGUCGUCGUCGACGUUGCCCUUCCCCUCUCAGCAGCAACAGCCACGAUCGCAUUACUCCAAUGGGGAACCUAUUGCAACCUCAUCGAGUGGUGGAACAGUCAGUGGCUCCAACGCCAGUCUACCACGAACUGAUACUCGCCAGGCUCCGAUACGCAGCGAUCCAGCUUAUUAUGCAACAGCAUCUGGUAGCGGGUUCAACUACGGGCAAAGUGGCAGUUAUCCCAGUCAUCCGAUGGCUCCAAGUUCAAGAAGGCUCAGCUCAGGUCGAGUAGGAAGUGGAAUAGAGGCGAAUGCAGGAAUAGGUUACCAUCAAUCAGUCUCGUACCCUCCGACUUCCCUAUCAGUUUCCGGAAUGUCGGGUUCGCCAAUCAGUCCCGAUAGUCCCUAUUACCAGACGUAUAGCGAUCCGACAACGUCCCAAUCUUCGGGGAGUCACAGACCCCAUUAUCUUCCGAAUGCAGCCCUUCCUCAUGGGCGAGAAUGGUCCCACUCGUCCACGAGCUCCAUGCCUGAAAAUCAGAUCAGCCUUUCGGAUGUACCAUUUGAAGCAUGUCAACACGCCGUUGUCCAUGAUCGCACAAGGAAAAGAAGCUCGGAAGAUGAAGGACGACCACCAAGCUCCUCUAGUGGUACCACGACAACUGGCAUUGGAGACAACACUGUCGAUCCCGAACCGAACAGUAAGAGAAAACAAAAGGCGGAUAUCGCUUGUGACUUUUGUCGAGGCCGUAAACUCCGCUGCGAUACAAAAAGACCCCAAUGUUCCAAUUGUGCAUCGAGAGAAAAUCAGGUGUGCCAUUAUAAGGAGUUUCAGAGACGAAGAGGUCCUGGAAAGGCGAACAAAGGAUCGAAGGUAGCCGCCAAACCACGCAAGACGAGUAGUAGUGCUGCUACGGAACGACAGGAAGUGUCUGACGAGCACCUGGACGAGGUUGCACAGAAAAGAGGCUUGCACACCCACCACCCUCCCACUGCUGAACGAGAAACAGUGGCCUACACAUCUUUCCAGCAUCCGAAUUCAGGAACGGAGACCUAUUUUCGCGGUCAGAAUGAAUCCUUCUACACGGAUCGAGUUGCUCCACCAAUCAGACAGGCUUCGAUUUUCGGCCACGCCCAGCUACCUCCCCUCUAUCCUGAGCAACAGCCUCAGUAUCAUCAAGAAUUUCCUCCCCUUCCCUAUCCCACUGCUUCGUCCUCAAAUCGCUGGCAGUCUUCGAAUUCACAGCCUGACGUUACUGUCAAGCAUGAGCCGCAAGUUCCAAUUUGGGAACCUCCUCUCCCAUUACAUCCGUAUCCGCCGACCCCAGUAGACAUGAAGCAUGAGACUCCAGAGGACGAUCGUCACCAAGCUCGAGAGAGAUUUGAUGCGCGGUACGAUCCAUACGCACACAGGGGAUCUGCCUAUCCCGUGUUCGACGAGCAGUAUGGUUCGGAUGACCCAAGGCAUAUGUCCUCGGAAGCACAGGUGUACCGACCUGUUCAUCGUGAUUCGCAAGGGCAAUUUCCAAGUUCGGCGUCUUCACGUUAUGGAGUAUACCAUUCGAAUCGUUCAGGUGUGGGGAGUCAUCUGAUGUCAAACAGGAUAGAACGUCACCGGUCGAGUUCGCCGCCUGGUGAAGGGGUCUCUCUGAAUGCGUCUGACGUCCUUUGA